UUCUGUUUUUAUCCCAUGGUUCUAGUGGUUCUUGUCCGGUGGACAGAGGAGAUUUGGCUGGGCGAUUAAGCGGCGGCUGGCAUAAUGGCGCGCCUUGUACAACGGUAGUACGGCUGCCUUCGGUUUGAGCCAGGCCUCGAGCUGCAGCUUUCAAAGAAAUUCGUUCUGCUCGUCGUUUCGCGGAAUCCGAUCGGGCUCCAGCUUUUGGGCGCAAGAUUUGGUGUCUGGCGAUUCCAUGGAUUGGUACACACAACAGCAGCAGCAGUCAGCUUUAUUUCUCGAUGACGAGGAAGACGCAGACGCCCGUCGCGAAGAGUUGGAAUUCACUUCGAGCAAGGAAUACAUUGUGUACAUGGUGGAUGCGGGAGCAGAUAUGUUUCUUCCACUCGGGAAAGAGGAAAAUGCGAAAUCUUUUUUUGCAACAGUUAUCCAUGGAGUCAUUAACGACCUGAAGACUCGAAUUAUAUCUCGAGACACGGAUGAAGUCGGGGUGUGCUUUUUCAACACUAGGGGGAAAAAAAACAUACAAGAAUCAGAAGGUGUUUAUGUAUUCAGUGAGCUGGGACAAACGUCGGCACAGCUGAUUAGAGAACUCGAUCGCAUCAUUGAAAAUUUUGAGAAAGACAUCGGCAGUGGUGUUGUCAAUUGCAUGGAUGCAAAGGAGAGUAUGCUCUACAACGCCCUGUGGGUGGCACAAGGAAUGCUCCGCACAGGUUCCUCCAAGAAUAUUGUGAAACGACUCUACAUCUUCACUAAUAAUGACGACCCUAUGGAGAAUGCAAGUCCUCUAGUGAAAGCAGACCUGCGAAGAACAACUAUUCAAAGAGCACAGGAUGCUCAAGAUCUAGGAAUUGGAAUUGAGUUGUACCCUUUCAACAGACCAGGGGAGCAAUUCAACGUGAAUAUCUUCUAUUCGGCUAUGAUUCAAGUAGAUGAUAAUGACGAGUUGGGAUAUAUGACAUCUGCUUCUAACAGGUUUUCUGAUCUGGCCGAUCAAAUGAGGAAAAAGAUGUUCAAAAAGCGUGUUGUUCGGAAGAUGAUGUUGACGAUUUUGGACGGGUUGGAUAUCGGCCUUCGUUCUUACGCAAUGAUGCGAUCAGCUACAGCAGGUACAACCAUCUGGCUUGACUCGAAAACGAACUCUCCUUUGAAGAUAGAAAGAUCGUACAUAUGCUCUGACACAGGAGCUCUAUUGACUGGACCAUCGAAGCGCUACCAUGAAUAUGCUGGCAAAAAGGUUUUGUUUAAUGCCGAAGAAAUCUCCGAGCUGAAAAAAAUCUCGAGUGUCCAACUUCAACUGCUUGGGUUCAAACCCUUGGAAUACUUGAAAGAUUAUUACAAUCUUCGACCUCCCACAUUCUUAUAUCCCGAUGAAGAGGCAAUUAGUGGGAGUACGUGUGCAUUUAUUGCUCUUCAUCGGUCUAUGCUGAACAUGAAGAAGUUUGCUUUAGCAUUUCAUGGAGGAACAGCGAAUCCACUUCUAGUUGCUUUGGUUCCGCAGGAAGAGGAAACCGACGAGACUGGUGGUCAACUUCAGCCUCCAGGCAUGCAAAUGAUCUACUUGCCGUACGCCGAUGACAUUCGACCCGCGGAGAAGUAUCUUGUUGACGUUUUGAACCACCCUCAACGAGGAGAAGAAGAACAGAUUGACAAAGCUGUUGCUUUGAUGAGAAAACUAGACCUGAAAGACUUCACCGUUUAUCAGAUCCAAAAUCCUGCUUUGCAGAAACACUAUGCUAUACUACAGGCCCUUGCUCUUGAAGAGGAUGAGUUGCCCGAGGUCAAAGAUGAAACGCUACCUGAUGAAGAAGGCAUGAAACUGCCAUCGGUUGUCUCUGCAGUAAAAGAUUUUAAGAACGCAGCAUACGGUGAGUCAUAUGACGAGGAAAUGGCAGACGAAGCUGCCUUGAAGGCCAAGGGCAGUGCUGCAUCUCAAAAGCGGAAGGCCUCCGCAGAAAAUGCUUCAAGAGAAGCUACCCAAUAUGACUGGAACGAGCUUGCUGAUUCUGGAAAGCUGAAGGACCUCACAGUGGUCGAACUGAAGUACUACUUGUCCGCUCACAACCAGCCACUGUCAGGAAAGAAAGAAAUUUUGAUCAACAGAAUCUUGACUCAUCUCGGCAAGUAAGGUUCAGACCUAAGCUGGUUCAGCUUGUCUCAUGGAACUACCUGAGACUAAGCAGGGAAGGUCACAUAUCCAUGUUCCAAAAGAAUUGUCGAUUAUGUAAUUCAACAAGAACAACAUAUGCUUACGUCAGGCGCGUUAGGUUUGAUCUUAAAUAGCUGGCUCGAAUGAGAAUGAGAAUGUAGGCAGAAACCACGUCCUCUAGAACACAGUCAGCCAAAUAUCUGAGUUGCAGUCUUCUCGUCUGAGUCUCAUCAGCCGACAAGCAACCUUUUUGUAAAAAGUUGUUAUCUUAUUCAAAUCGGAAAAGCAUCUAUUGUACAUGCAAACUUUUAGUUGCGGACAUUUUCUCCUAAAGAGGUGUCUGUAGAAUGGAUAAGGAUCGAAUCAGGCCGAAGGCUAAUCGUCUCCUAAACUGGAGAUCAAGUGGAGGGAUUUGUAGAGACUGCAAGAUUUCAAUCCAUCCCAUCCAAGUCUAUCCAAAUCCUUCCCAUUUAAGUUGUCACACAUUUACGAUGUCGACAUAGAUGGAAAGGAUUUGGAUAUAUAAUGGCACUCGAGAUGAGGCAUUUUUGGAACGGCUUUCGCCUCCAGAGAAUGACAUAUUUUUGGUAGCCCUCUGCGCGCCAGCCUUCAAUGACUUUUCAUCGGAUUCAUUUGGGACAGCCGAGUAGAACGCGACGAAGUUACGAGUUUAUUGGAUUCGCUGACUUCGUGUUUUCAUGGAUGGAUCCUGUGUUUUGAUAUGCGGCCAGCACCC